AUGCUUAAACUAUUUUGGGAAACAGAAGAAAUUCCAAAAUCGAAAGUUCUAUCAGAAACAGAUCUCUACUGUGAAGAACUUUAUAAAAAGACAACAUAUCGCAAAAGUGAUGGUAGAUAUGUUGUAAAACUUCUUUUUAAACAAGAAUUUCCAGAAAACUUGUAUUUGCAAUCUUCCAGAUUCGCAGCAAAAAGUCAAUAUAUUCAUCUAGAGACAAAAUUACAAAAACAAAUAGAUCUUCAACAGAUUUAUAAUGAUAUUUUAGAAGAAUAUAUAACAUUGGGUCAUAUGAGGAAAACAAAUUCUUCCGAAAUUUGUAAAGAUGGAAAGUAUUUUUCAUAUUAUUUACCACAUCAUGCUGUAUUUAGACCGGAAAGCACUUCUACUUCUAAUAUUGAAGAUUACGAGCUGUUAACAGUCACUUUCGGAGUGAAUUGUGCACCGUAUUUAGCUAUACGAACGUUGCUGCAGUUAGCAACAGAUGUAGAGAGACAGUCUCCUUUGUCAUCUCACAUAUUAAGACAUGAAACAUAUGUCGAUGAUAUUUUAGCUGGUGGACAUACUUUGGCUUCAGCCCUAGAAGCGCAAAGUCAAUUAAUAAAGUCUUUAAAAUCAGCUGGAUUUCCAAUUAAAAAAAUUACGGCAAAUAAUAGCAAAUUAUUAGAAAAUAUUCCAACUGAAGAUAUUUUAAGUGCAGACUUCUUAAAACUUUACGAUUCGAGCUCUACGAAAACGUUAGGUAUUCAGUGGAAUGCAUACAGUGAUUCCUUCACUUAUAAAGUCAAAAUUCCCGAUUUCGCAUCAAAAGUAACAAAAAGAACAAUUUUAUCCGCGGUGGCUAAAUUGUUUGACCCCGCAGGGUGGCUAACGCCCAUUAUUGUUCAAGCAAAGAUCCUUCUACAGGAAUUGUGGCAAGAUGGGGUCGAAUGGGAUGAAGAUGUGAAACCUCAGACUCUUUCAAGGUUGAACAUUUUCUUAGAAGAUUUUAUACACAUAAGAUCCAUUCAAAUCCCCAGAUGGAUCCAUUUCCAUCCAGAUAGCAAAAUCCAGAUCCAUGGUUUCUGUGAUGCAUCUGAACAGGCCUAUUGUGCAACAAUAUACAUUCGAGUGGAAGAUUUGUCUGGCAGACAUUCUAAUCUGCUAGUAGCGAAAAGCAAAGUUGCGCCGUUGCAACGUGUAAGUCUUCCUCGGUUAGAGUUAUGUGGGGCAUUACUGCUCUCGAAACUAAUUAAACAAACUCUAACUAACAAUUCAUUUAAAAGUGCUCAACUUUUCCUGUGGUCAGAUUCCACUAUAGUAUUAGCAUGGUUACAAAAGCAUCCAUCAGUUUGGAAAACAUAUGUUGGCAAUAGAACAUCUCAAAUCAUUGAAAAUGUUGGUAAUGCUAAGUGGAACCACGUUUUAACCCAUGAAAAUCCAGCAGAUCUUGGAACACGAGGUUGUAAACCACAAGAUCUUAAAGAAAAUCCUUUAUGUUGGUAUGGACUAAUAUGGCUACUUGACUCCCAAGACAAUUGGCCUAAAUCUAACCCACCUGCCAUAGCUCUUACGGUACAAAGGAAAGUUGAAGUUCACUGUUCCGUUACAGAUGAACUCAAUAUAAUACAAAGAUUUUCUUCAUAUCGGCGAGCCCUCGCCGUAAUAGCAUAUAUUUAUAGGUUCAUACGUUCUACUAAUAAAAGAUUACAGAAAACUAAGUUUGAAAGUUUAACGCUCUCUCACGAAGAGCUUAAUAACGCAAAAAUUGUAUAUAUUAGACUAACGCAGAAGUUUCAUUAUUCUGAAGAUUUAAAGAAUCUUUCGGAUUCUAAGCAUAUUUCAAGGAAAAGCUCUCUGCUUACUCUAAAUCCAUUUCUCGACGCUCAAGGUCUUAUGCGGGUUAAUGGUAGAUUAGCUAUUGCUCCGCUUACGUACGAUGAGCGAUUUCCCAUAAUUAUCCCUAACUCUUCUCAAUUUUGCAAAAUUUUUCUGGAGUUUGUCCACAAAACUCUAGUCCAUGCUGACAUAACCCUUAUGAUGAGCGCAGUAAGAAGCCAGUUCUAUAUUCCUGGUUUAAAAAGAACAGUCAAGAAAUGCGUUCAUCAUUGUCUAACCUGUGUUCGUUACAAACAACAAGUGAAAUCGCAAAUAAUGGCUGCACUGCCAAAAGAGAGAUCCACUCUCUCAUUACCGUUCUCACAUACGGGUGUCGACUUUGCUGGUCCAUUUCAGAUCAAGUCUGGCAAUUUGCGAAAUUCACCAUAUAUGAAAGGUUACGCAUGUAUCUUUGUAUGUUUUGCUACAAGAGCCAUUCAUUUAGAAGCUUGCUCUAGUUUAACAUCAGAAGCAUUUCUAGCUGCUUUUGCACGAUUUAUAGCUAGGCGAGGAUUGCCAAAAUCAGUUAUGUCGGACAAUGGUACAAAUUUCAUAGGCGCUAGUAAGUCAUUGCUAAAGGAGUAUUCGUUAUUUCUUAAACAAUCCUCCAAGGAUAUAACAGAUAAAUAUGCAAUUAAUGGACUUGAGUGGAAGUUCAUUCCACCUAGCGCCCCGCAUAUGGGAGGUUUAUGGGAAGCUGGCGUUAAAAGCUUCAAAAUCCACUUCAGGAAAAUUGCAGGCGCACAUAAAUUUAAUUUUGAAGAGUUCUCUACUCUGCUUGCGCGAAUAGAAAGUGUUCUAAAUUCACGACCAAUAUCACCGAUGUCAGAAGACCCAGAUGACCUGCAGGCCCUUACUCCGAGUCAUUUUCUGCGCGGUGCACCUUUGGUAUUCGCGCCAGAAAUACCGCCUGACAAUUUGUCGUUAUUGAAUCGCUGGGAACGACUGAAAGCACUCCAUCAUAAAUUUGGUCAACGAUGGAAAAAUGAGUACCUUCAGGAGCUACACAAGAGGUACAAAUGGCAGAAUCCACGACGGGAUCUACAGACUGGUGAUUUCGUUAUCAUCAAGGAUGAGCUUCUUCCUCCAUGCGACUGGAGGUUAGGCAGAAUAGAAGCCGUACACGUUGGUCGGGAUAAGCGCGUAAGAGUCGCUGAUGUUAGAACAUCUAGUGGCGUCGUGACCCGACCAAUAGUAAAAUUAUUCAUGAUCCCGUUAUGUGAUUAG